CAGAGCCCCACGGGCCCCGCGGCCACGCCUUAGUCAGCCUGCCCCCCUCAGCCUGGCCGCUGCGUCUCGGCUCGUCCGCCUCGGCUCCCACCUUUGCUGGUCCUUCCUCGUCUGACUCUUCUCCUCUCGCCCAGUCGAAGCCGGGCAGUGAGCACGGGCAGCCUUAACAGCAGCCCCCAGAGUGGUGCUAGAAGCCGGCCUCUGCUCCUCCUCGAGCCUCAGCGGUGGGAACUGCGAGCUGCCGCCAUCAUGUCUGCUGCAAACCCUGAGACUCCAAACUCAACUAUCUCAAGAGAGGCCAGCACCCAGUCCUCAUCGGCUACAACCAGCCAAGGCUAUGUUUUACCAGAAGGCAAAAUCAUGCCAAACACCAUUUUUGUUGGUGGAAUUGAUGUUAGGAUGGAUGAAACCGAAAUUAGAAGUUUCUUUGCUAGAUAUGGUUCAGUAAAAGAAGUGAAGAUAAUCACGGAUCGAACUGGUGUGUCCAAAGGCUAUGGAUUUGUUUCAUUUUAUAAUGAUGUGGAUGUGCAGAAGAUUGUAGAAUCACAAAUAAAUUUCCAUGGUAAAAAGCUGAAACUUGGCCCUGCAAUCAGGAAACAAAAUUUAUGUGCUUAUCAUGUGCAGCCACGUCCUUUGGUUUUUAAUCCUCCACCGCCACCACAGUUUCAGAGUGUCUGGAGUAAUCCAAACACUGAAACUUACAUGCAGCCUCCAACCAUGAUGAAUCCUAUUACUCAAUAUGUUCAGGCAUAUCCUCCUUAUCCAAGUUCACCAGUCCAGGUCAUCACUGGAUAUCAGCUGCCUGUAUAUAAUUAUCAGAUGCCGCCACAGUGGCCUGUUGGGGAACAAAGGAGUUAUGUUAUACCUCCGGCUUAUACAGCAGUUAACUACCACUGUAAUGAAGUUGAUGCAGGAGCUGAAGUUUUGACAAGUGAAUGCUCAGUUCAUGAAGCUACUCCAUCUUCUGGAAAUGGCCCACAAAAGAAGUCUGUGGACCGAAGCAUACAGACGGUGGUAUCUUGUCUAUUUAAUCCAGAGAACAGACUGAGAAACUCUGUUGUUACUCAAGAUGACUAUUUCAAGGAUAGAAGAGUGCAUCACUUUAGAAGAAGUCGGGCAGUGCUUAAAUCGGUUUGAUCCUCUCUGCUAACUUUCUAGUCUCAUGGGAAGUUGCUGGUUUUGAGUGUUAAGAAGAGACUGAAAGAAGUUUUUCACUAUUAUAGAAAUUUAAUUCUGAAUUUUGAUAAAUCCCACUCAGACUUUCUAUACAAGUUGUAUUAGAUUGCCUAGUUUUGUUUUACAUUGUAACUGUUUUUCAUUAGAUUGUUUAGAAACUGGUUCUGUGUUGAAAAUAUAGUUGAAAGUAAAAAAUAAUUGAGACUGAAAGGAAUAUUUAAAAAAAAUUAUCUGUAAGGACUUUUUUUUUAAAUUGAAGUUGACAUUUUAAGAGUUUAAAGCAAAUGCUAAUUUUCAAAGAAAUUGUUUUAGAUAACCUACUAUUUUGAAAGGUCAGAAUUUUGGUAGUUUGAAUACAACCAUUUCGCUUCUCCAACAAGUACCUGUAGACAGUACAAUAUUUACAAUAUUGUGCUUUACAUUUAUGAUUUGUCUAGAAAUUUACCACAAAAGCAGAGUUUUUAAAACUGCAUUUUUAAUCAGUGGAACUCAAUAUAUAGUUAGUUUUAUUGAAGUCUUCCCUAUCUAAACCCAGUAAAACAGGUUCUAAACAAACAGUCCAAUCAGUGGGUCUUACAUUUAUUAGUUCAAAAUAUUUUAUCUUUUAUCUAGAAUUCACACAUAGAUAUCCUGUUUGAUUGAGAUGGUAAUUAGGAUAACUAAAAUUCUGGGUCUAAUUUUUUUUUCAGAAUCCAAGACAGACUAAACUUUACUAGGUACAUACGCUUCUUAGUGAGUUACCAUUUUCCUUUUUUUGUUUAAUUUUAUUUUUCCUUGAAAUGCCAAACUCAAUGGCUGUAUCUUAAAUUGUGCAAAAUAUUGGUAUUCAAGAAUCCUGAAACUUUCUUAUGUCAUUUAAAAGUUAAUCAGAGUAUCUGAAAGGAAUUGUUUUUAUAAAAACAUUGAAAUAUUAUUUGUUAAGGAGCAAAUAGAUUUUUAUUUUUGUUUAUUAGCCUAUUAUAUUCCCUUUUUUAAAGUAAAAUAUGUCCAGGAGAAUUAAAGUAGUUUUGGCCUUUCUAAACCACAAAAGUUGUUUAGUAAGCAUAUAUCCCAAGAAAAUGCUAGAGUCAGAGUUAACAGUCCAUUUCUAGAUUAGCUGGUCUCCUCAUUAGAUGUUGUAUAUCGUGACAGACAACUAGAGCACACAGAGCCCCUUUGCUGUACCCACAGUCUUGCUUUUCCAGUCUGUACCACCUUUUUUCCAGGAGGUUUGCUCCUAGAACAGUUGAUGUUAAGAAGAGAAGUAGCAGUAUGAGCACUUCGAGGGCUAAGCCUUGGAAAGGUAGCAGUGGGAUAAUACCUGCCAUGGACAUGAGUUUAAAAUGGCUUCCUGGCCUUUCUUUCAUUGGCCUCUUCACUAAAACAUGGAGACUCCAUUUAUCCCUAAUCUAAUACAGCUACCAUGGGCCAUGUGAUCAUUGCCCAUUGUUGUCUUACAAUUAUUAAUAGGUUUCAUUCUGAAUCUAAAGGGAAGAGUCUUUUAACUUAAGGAUCCCCAUGAGGGCUUUCUUACACCUCAGAAUUUGAAAGUGCCCUGAAAUUUGUCCUUUUUAAGAUUCUGUAUACUUUUUUGUGUGUGUGCUAUAACAUUCUUACAUGUCUUGUUCUGUGAUUAAAUCUCCAGGUUACUAUAAAUGAAACCUAAAUUCUAAAGAGCCUAUUAUAGUUAUUCCAGUAUGACCUUAAUAAAAGUAAGGGAAUAAACUUUUUGUCUACUUUGUUGGACUGAAGUAUUUAAAAGACAAAGUCCUGAACCUUUCAAAAUGGAAAAUUAAUUUUAAACUUAAGAGCAUGUUUCUAUUACCUAUUGCUGAUACUGUCAUCGCAUAAAUGAAUAAACAGAAAUAAAGAAACUUUUUCUGAAAGUGUUUCCAAACUA